CAUCACAGUCGUUGCUGACGAGCGGAAGGGACCGCAGCUCGGGAAAAUCAGGAAAGAAAACAACGCGUCAGGGCGCUCUUCUUAAAUUUGAAAAUUAAAUGCAACUAAAUAGCGUAAAUUAGUCAAAAGUGUAAAUAGUUAAAAUCGUUUUAUAACCAAAAAUUACCAGUGUAAAUCGCUUAUUAGUGCUGUGUUAAAAAUAGUUACCGUUGUACGGAAAGAGAGAAUCGAGUGCAAAGGAAUUUUCCUACGUCACAGGCUGUGCGUUUGUGUGAGUGUGCACCCCCGGAAAUGUAACACGCACACUGGCGCAGGAAAAACUUGCACCUGAAAGUUUUCGUCGUGUUUUCCAUCUUCGUGCGCUCUCGGCAUUCGACAUAACACAAAAAAAAAUAAAUUGAAUAACGCAGCAAAAGGGCAUCUAGGGCAGCAGCGGAACUGAGGCGCAGCGGAGCCGCCCAAGUGCAGCUGUAGAAAGUGUUGGUGCGGGCGCCAUGGACUCGCUCAAGUUACCAAAGGCCAACAGUGCCACCAGCAGUGCCAGCGGCAGCAACAGCAACCUGUCCGGUUCGACUUCCGCGUCCGCAUCCGCAGCCACAUCGCCUACAUCGUCAGGAACUGCAGUGGGUGGCAUUCUAUCCGGUGCCCCAAAAUCGCCACCUGGCCUGGGCAGCAGCACCCCGAUCUCGGUGCGAUUCAAUGCCAACGAGGAGUCCCUGGACGACAUCCUACAGUCCUUCCAUCACAGCAAGCAUAGUCCCAGUGGAGGAGCGAGUGGCGGCGGAGAUGCCUCGCCCACAUCGAAUCUGCUCGGGAUGAAGAACAACGGGCUGGGAUUGGUCGUGGGCAACUGUGACUCCCUCUCCAGCAGUCCAUCGCAGCCCCAGAUGCAUGCCGGAUCCGCAUCCCUCUUCGGCAACGACGAAGUUAGUCUGCGCAAUAAUUUCAUGCAAGCCGGUGGUUUCUUCAAUCGAAAAAGUUGCGGUGGCCUGCCGAAUCUCAAUCUCAACAAGCCGCCCCAGCUCCACCAGCAACAGCAUCAACAACAGCAUCAGCAGCACCAGCAACAUCAACAGCAGCAACAGCUCCAUCAGCACCAACAGCAACUGUCGCCGAAUCUGAGUGCCCUGCACCAUCAUCACCAGCAGCAGCAGCAGCUUCGGGAAAGCGGAGGAUCACAUAGCCCCUCGUCGCCGGGUGGAGGAGGCGGAGGAUCGCCGUACAACGGCUCUCAGGCGGGCUGCAGCAGCGGCGGCAUCUCGCCCAUUCCUCCCCAGAUGGGCGUGUCGCCCAAAUACCGUCGCAGCAUAUCCUUUCCCAUCAAGGGCAACUCGCCCACAGCUAUCUAUGGCAAUAUGCACAUGGACGGCAUGGGUAGUGGGCACAUGAAUAUACCGACACUUUCGAUUGGAAACGGUGGUGGUGGCGGAUCUACUGGCAUGGUCUCAGCCGGAGCAACUGGUGGCGGAGAUGCGCCCUAUUUGGGCAACAGCUAUGGCAACAUGAUGACGUCCAAUGGACAAAUGCACCACGGUGGCGGCUUGGAUAACUCACUGUGCGAUUAUAUGCGCAACAUGUCGCUGGGUGGAAAUGGUGGUGGCGAUGGCAGCAACAGCAUGUCUUUAAUGCAGGACAGGAUGCGUGUGAUGGGCGGUCCGAAGCAUCUGAGCGAGGCCGAUGCUAUGGCCAUAGCAGCCAGUGGAAAUGAUCCAUCCGUCUACUUAAAUGCCCUCAAAAUGGGUUCGCCAUCGAGGCUCUCUCCACACUCGCCGCACUCACCCAUCCAGGGCGGAAAUGGAGGAAACGUCGGCGAUGGCACGGCUCGCUUCUCCCGGAAGGUAUUCGUUGGCGGUCUGCCACCGGACAUCGAUGAGGAUGAGAUUACCACUUCGUUUCGGCGCUUCGGGCCAUUGGUCGUCGAUUGGCCACACAAGGCGGAAUCCAAGUCGUAUUUUCCGCCCAAGGGAUAUGCCUUCCUGCUGUUCCAGGACGAGAGCAGUGUGCAGCAGCUAAUUGACUCGUGCAUCACGGAUGAGGACAAGCUGUAUCUAUGCGUUUCUUCGCCGACGAUCAAGGAUAAGGCAGUGCAGAUUCGUCCUUGGCGCCUGGCCGAUGCGGACUAUGUGCUUGAUGCUACCAUGUCACUGGACCCACGCAAAACGGUGUUUGUGGGCGGCGUGCCACGUCCUCUGAAGGCCUUCGAACUGGCAAUGAUCAUGGAUAGAUUGUACGGUGGAGUAUGCUAUGCUGGAAUUGACACCGAUCCGGAAUUAAAGUAUCCAAAGGGCGCUGGACGUGUGGCCUUCUCGAAUCAGCAGAGCUACAUAGCGGCCAUCUCAGCCAGAUUUGUGCAGCUGCAGCAUGGCGAUAUAGACAAGCGGGUGGAGGUCAAGCCCUAUGUCCUGGACGAUCAGAUGUGCGACGAGUGCGAGGGUCAGCGUUGUGGUGGCAAGUUUGCGCCCUUCUUUUGCGCCAAUGUCACCUGUCUGCAGUACUAUUGCGAACACUGUUGGGCCGUCAUCCAUUCGCGACCUGGACGCGAAUAUCACAAGCCGCUGGUCAAGGAGGGAGCCGACCGGCCGCGUGCGGUCCCCUUUCGCUGGUGUUAACGGCGGCGCUGGUAGGCCGCGCUGCACGACGAGAGACGCCAACAGAGGGAGCAACGACACCGGUUGUUAAACGCAGCGCUGGCAGUGCCCAGAAUCAUAACAGAAUCAUCAGGAUCGGGAGGAGUCGCAGAAGGAGCGGGAGUGGCAGCACUAGAUGCCGCUGGCGGAGAUGCGGAUCGAAGGCGAAGAAUCUAGUAGAUAACCAUUAGAGACAACACACGCACCACCAACACCCACUCACACACAACAGUCGGAUACUAUUCUCAUAAGCAAAAGACAAUUGCCCGGGGGAAUCACCCAUUCCGAAGGGCAAGGUGCAAAUACAACGGGAGCUGGACAAAGGUGUCCCUUUGAAUAGCCACCAGAGUCUACAGUUUUAGAGGCGAGAAACGAAAGCAACAUAGUUUUUAGUUCUUAUUUAUUCGGCAAUCAGUUUUUUUUUUUUGUUUCGCGCUUGCUAGUUUUACAUUUGCUUAACCGAAAUUUUAGUUUUGAUUUUGCGUUCGAUGCCUGCACAGUAUUUUUUGUACUUUAUAUUUUUAGCAACAUUUAUGUUUGCUAAUAUGUUAUUUAAUCUCACAAAAGAAAAAAAAAAGGAACCCUCGUAGUCAGCCAAUUUCCUCGCAAAGGGCCGUUUACAUAUAUUAUAAUCUUUUUGUAACUAGAUAACUUAGUAGCCAUCAUCUUGUAUGCCAAUCGAGGCUAGUCCUAAAAUUAUUAGUGAGCUGCUCACCCUCUCUCGAAAAGGCUUUUUGCUUGAGUGUGCAGGGGCUGUCCUUAAGUUCCUAAAUUGUGACAAAAUCAAAACUACAUCGGUUUUUGUAUUAGCCCUUUCCGAAAUUAGAUCAAUUUAUAAAAUUCUUACAAAAGACUUUAGAAAAGACAAUAUGCAAAAUGUCUGACAUUUGUAUGCUAGCCAUUUCUUACGACACAAUUGGUAAGAGAUCGCUUAAUCAUAUCAUAUCUGCAUACAGUUAUAAUCCCUAUUUAUUUUUGUUUAAUCCUUACAUAAUACGGUCUAUUAGCAUUCCCACUGAAGAAUCGUAUAUAUUAUCUGUGCAAUAUAUUCGAUUGCUUCUCCGUUACAUGCUGCUAAUUCUUGCUUAUCUAACACUUAUAUAAUUAUUGUAUGUGAAAAUCGUACAAAGCUUAUAAAACACACAAAACCAAUAGGUGGCGAUUGCUUCCCCGUUACAUGCUACUUAUUCCUGCUUAUCUAAUUAUAUAAUUAGGGUAUGUGAAAAUCGUACAAAGCUUAUACACUUACUAAACGAUUCUUAACUUGUUACCACUCCUGCCAAUAGGUGGCUUUCACUACGAUUUUCACACGACUCCGUUUUAUGUUUUGCUGGCACAUUGAAAUCACACUAAUUAAUGAGUUUAAACCCCACACUCUGAGAUAGGUUCUUCUUUCCUAAUAUUGAUGGCUCAUUUUUAAUUAUAAUCUAGUCCACACUCAUACAUACACGUACGUACACAGACAACAACAACAACACAUUUACACUGAAAGUCUGUUUGCAUUUGUUGCCAUUUGGCUUAAUGAAGAAAAAAUAAUAAUAAAAAUAUACAUAUAAUUAGAACUAAAAUGUAGAAAAAAACAAAACAGUCAAAUUGCUUGUGUUCAGUAUUAUGAUUUAUUUAUGAUUUUCCACUGAAAUGUCAUAUUUUGUUUAUUUAUUAACCAAUUGUUUUUGUUAUUUAAUUUACGGCGUGUUGCUAACUAAGGGACAGCGGGCUCACCUCCCGAAGCUAUAGAAGAACGUAUAUAUUAUUGCAAAUAUAUAAAUAUAUCUGUAAUGUAAAAAGUAAUUUUUAUAUACGACAUACAUCUAUUAACACUAUGAAUACUUGUAUUAGACAACUUUUUAUAUAGAAACUUUUGUAUAAACUUUUUUUUAUUACUCUUAUGAUUAUUCAGAAGUUAGUUUAGUCCAAACAACUGAAUACAAAAAUAAAACCAAAAACGCGAAGAUAAAUAGACAUGCUAAAACAUUUAAAGAAAAUUUAAAUAUAUACAAAUUAUGUGCAAUACUAUUUCGUGAACGAUUCAAGCGUAUUAUUGAAUACCAAAUAUAUAAACAACUUAAAAAAGAUAUGUAUCUGUACAAACAUAACGUAUACAAGAUAAUUGCAAUCGUAUAACCAAAGUAGUCAAAUAUUACCAAAACCCAAUGGUUCCCCAAACUUUCAACUAAUUGGCAUGCGUUUUUUGACAUGCGAACAGGGCUUAAAGUUCGCGUUUGGUUAUUUCCCCGUGAAUCCUAACUAUAAAAAUCAAAUGGAAUAUCUAUCUAUACCUAGGGCAAUACUUAUGGAAAAUUAUCAAAAUGUAAAUCGAGCAAAAUUAUUUUGUAAAUUAUACGCGUUAAGGAACGAGACAAAAUUUGCUACGGUGCAUGCAAACAAUACGAUAUUUUUUCUAUACUACCAGCAAAAGUACUAAAGAUCUAAUUCGAAUUGAUAAACCAAAAACGUGAGAGGUCAAGUCGCUUUGGACUUCUAUGAUAUAAUUAAUAAAUAAUAGUCAAAUCUAUUAGCAAAUUUUUGCUCGCGCUUUCUUUACAAGACAACAAAAAAAAAAAAAAGAAAAAACAAAAUUUAAGUCAUGCAAAGUUGUAACUCAAGUUGAUUGCGUGGCACUUUCAAAGAAAAACAAGUUUAUAGCAAUUUUUCUAGAAUUUUUAUAUUACAAUGAACUAUUGAAUAUGUAUCAUAUAUAUAUACUACAUAUAUAUUUUUUAAACCGCAAAACCAAUUAAUUAGUGGACUCGAAGCGUUCGUUUGUUUUGGUUAUAAUUUAUUACUUUUAAAUACUUACCGAAAUAUCGUGUAUUAAAAGCGAAUGAUUCUACACAAAACAAAAACCAACAAGCCCAAUUAAAUAUUAUAUCAAAUACAACAGCCUGCUCUAUGUAGUGUUAAACAAUUUGUGCAAAUAUGUUCUAAAACUUUCAAAGUAAUUAAAUGCUAGUCUUUAUAAAGGCAAAAUCUGUUACAAAAGCAAACACGGAACGGAAACGGAAAUCGGUUAGCGGUAAACGGCAAUCGGUCAAUGGCUAUCGAUAACUGUGCGUAAUGAUGGUGUUUUUUUAAAUGUAGUAAAAUUUAAUAUUUUAUAGAUUUUUAUACUUUUAUAUAACAUAUACUUUAUAUUUUACCUGUUUAACAAAAACUCAAUGAAAAUGUUAAAAAAAACUUAAUGUGCUAUAAAGAAGUAACUUAUCAAACAAAUAUUUUACUAUACCAAAAAAAGUUGAUAGAGAUGAGAAUUCUUUACGGAAAACCGCUCAAUGUUUUUGCUGCUAACGACGUAGGAAUCUGGAAUCUUGUGUAGCGUGUUAAAAAAAUAUUUAUAUCAAUAAGCAAUCCUUAAUCCUUUUUGUUCUGUUUCAUUAUUUAUUUUGUUUCCCGAGUAUUCCAUAAAAAUUAGGCAAAGACGUUUAAGUUAUCCUACUUCUGAGCUUGGAUUACGGAUAUAAGUCGGAUUGACAGCUUUAGUUUUAUAGAGAAUCUUGUUAUAGAUAAUGUUUAUGUUGACUUUUUUAUAUGGAUCCUGUUAUUAUACCGAUAAUGACAAUGAAAAUUUGUAUGCCUAAUUCUUAAAUAUAUUUUUGUAUCUUUUGUAGUUGCAAGUAGUUUCCUGGUAGUUUAAAAAAAAAAACAAACUCCGUUGAGACAUUUUUAUACUUUGUUUAUUCUUUUAUACGUAUACAUAUUUUUAAAAAAAUAUGACAAAAAACAAUAUUUGAUAUAUACACUUUAUACAAAAGAAAAAAUGGAAAAUGAAUGAAAAAAAGUUUUUGAAAUUAAUAAACGGACAUAAAGUAAAUUGUGUUUUAUUUAUUUUUAUAUAUAUCUUGUAUGUAAUUUUUAUAACAUUGUAAAUAAAUAAAACUUUUAACUUAGCUGAACCACAAAAAAAUAUAACAAGAAAUAACAAAAAACACAAAACUGUUAGUACAUACAAUUAAAUACUUAAACGAUAAGAAAGACUCUGAAAAGGAAAGUAUUGAAAUUCGAACUUAUUACAUACAUACUUAAAUAUGUUAACUGAACAUCUAAACAGCAAAUUGGUCAAUAUGUGUUUUUUAUACCAAACAAAAAAAAAAGAAAAUAAUUGCAUAAUUAUAUGAAAUUUACACGUAGUACAAUUCAAUAAAUUUAAAACAUAAGAUAAUAUUUUUGACGAACCCCAAAUGAAUGCUUCAAGUAACUGCUAACGAAAGAUAAAACAAAAUAUAUAGAAAAAUACCCUUAAGUCAAACCGUGCGUAGUGCAUUAUGCAUAUUUAAGUCGCAUUUUGAUUUUGCUGGUGAGAAAGAACUCUUCUAAAAUAAAAUUGGCAACUAAGGACAAAAAUACUCUUCAUUUCGGGUUGGACGGCACUUAGCUGAUAAUGUGAAGAGAGAAAUUUGUUUAUUUUUUGAGUAUUUUCAUAGCACAAUUUUUGUACAGUAUAUGGUUUUGUAGCUAGCGAAAAAAAGUAAACAAACCCGUUUUAAAUAGACAAUUUUUUAGCCUCAAACACUUGAGCUCCAGAACGAUGUGGAAACAAUUUCAAUUUUACGCUAAUUGGAUCAAUGCUUAGAUCGCCGUAAAAAAAUAGAUUAAAAACAUCAAAAGACAAGGUUAUAAAUGAAUAUUAAAAACAACAUUCGGUACCUUUUAAACAUAAUUAAUGAAUUUUAUAAAGCAUCAAAUUGAUACUGAAAAAUUGUAGCCUAUAAUGCUGGUGUACGGCACCAGCACUUCCAUUUUAAUUUGUCUUUGAUCGUAUGCGCUGAAAACAGAGUGACAUAUACGCCUAUACAUAUACUUACGUCUAUAUAUAUAUAUGUACAUAUAUAUAAUGUUUAGUACUUUGAAUAAACUGAAAUUGAGCGCCCUUACUAAUGUAUUCCUUUUAGCAAAAUAUUCAGAAAAAAAAAAAACAAUACAAACCAAGCAAAGGCAUAUAAUUUUUUAGCAUUAUACAAGUGGAAAUAUAACAGACAAACCAUAUAAAUAGUAAACCAAAAACCAGUUGGCAGAUAUGAAAACUAUAUAGUGAAUCAAAUAAAUAUAUAUAUAUAUAUAUGACACGUAAUCUUUAUGAAGCGUAUAAAAACAAGAAACUAGCGGAAUAUUCCAUAUUUUAUAGUAAUUUUCAAUAAACGUAAUUUUUUUAAUUUUUACAAAAUUAAAGUUGAAAAAAUGGAAAAUCAAUAAAAAAUAUUUGUAGUUUUCUAAAGCCCGAAAAAUCAAUCUGAAGGGAAAAAAACUGAUUUAACAUAAUAUUUGUAAACAGUUUCGAUUUUCUUGCGUGUUUUUGCUCCAGGCAUUGAAGCGUUUUCAAUUAAAUUACCGGAAAAAAUGUUACGAAACACAAAAAAAACGAAACAGACCAUAGAUUAAAAGUAUGUACUAAAAUAAAAUAAACAGGAAUAGAAGUCAAUGACGAAAUCCAAACCUAAAACAUAUAUUAGAGACAUUCGCGAUUUUUCAAAAUAAUAAUAAAGUCAAAAAAAUAAACUGUAAUAGCAAACCAAGAUAUCAGCAGUACUCCAAUGCAAUAUUUCAAAGGAAAACGAACAAGGAUAACGAAGUAAACAGAAACCAAACCAUAAUUCCAGCAAGUCAAAUAUGAAAUUAAUUAAUACAAAUAUGUAAUUCCGUACAGAGGAAAGUAUACAUAUAGGAUUAUAUUAUAAACAAAAUGUAUUCAAGAACAAGGUCGUUUUUUAAGCGAUUAUAUACGACAAAACGAAAUUGGAAUAACACUAAACACCCCACAUAAACACACACUCUCAGU